AAGUUCCUGGAGCCAGACUCACUGGUAUCCACUGAGCCACCACCUUCCUGUGCUUGGGUGCCAGACCCCUUCCCCCUGCAGCCAUGAACCAGGCCUUCUGGAAAACCUACAAGUCCAAAGUGCUACAGACCCUGAGUGGGGAAUCUGAGGAAGACCUGGCAGAGGAGAGGGAGAACCCAGCAUUAGUGGAGUCUGAGACAGCAGAACCAACCGAGGAGACCUUCAAUCCCAUGUCACAGCUGGCCCGCCGGAUUCAGGGGUUCGGGGUGAAAGGCUGGCUGACAAUGUCAUCUCUGUUUAACAAAGAAGAUGAAGAUAAGCUGCUACCAUCAGAGCCUUGCGCUGACCACCCUCUGGCGGCGCGACCCCCCUCGCAGGCGGCGGCGGCGGAGGCGCGCGGUCCGGGCUUCUGGGACGCGUUCGCCAGCAGGUGGCAGCAGCAGCAGGCGGCCGCGGCGUCCAUGCUGCGUGGCACCGAGCCCACUCCGGAGCCGGACCCCGAACCCGCGGACGAGGCCGCCGAGCGCCCCGAGUCGCAGGAGGCCGAGCCGGUGGCCAGCUUCAAGUGGGGCUUCCUCACUCACAAACUGGCCGAGAUGAGGGUGAAAGCCGCGCCCAAGGGCGACUAG